AUGCAAAAGAGCAACAAGUGGCGAAGACGCAUCAUCCGGCUCUUGGACGAGCUGCUUCUGGACCUUCAAUGCCAGCCUCCAACUGCCGCACAGGCCGCGAUCUUUGAGAAGUCCUCCGCAGAAAGCAACCGUGCCGACAGCAUGUUCGAAGGUGUCGAAGGUGUUGAAAGGACAGAGUCGCUUUAUUUCACGGACCCUAUGGAGAUACCACUGGAAAAGGGCCAAGUCAUAUACAAGCUAGAGCACUGUGACGAAGACACCGCAUUUGCCGUCUAUUGCCUUUUCCAGGAUGCCACUUACCUAAGGCUUUUCUCCGCCCGUGCGUGGCGCGAGUUUAGCCUUGGUGCAAUAGGCAUUCAGACGGCGACGUUUUGCACCAACAUCGCUUGUACGAAAAUCGAAGAAAAGUGCGCUGUCUUUCUGGAUGGUUUCAGUCGCUUCAAGGCCACGAAAUCGACGCGAGUGCAUACGAACAUUGACUCGUUCUUUCGCCAGCACUGUGGCACCGAUGCAGUCGUUGCCGACGCUGUCAGUCCGGACUGUGAGGACGUCGGUUUCGCGAGAAAUGCAACCCGACGUUUAGGCUACUACAUCAACACCCUCUCGUGCUCGCGAAUCACUCGCUUGUUGUUUGAGGCCUUCAUCGCUCGGCCUGGACAAUAUUGGGGGACCACGCUGGACGAUAUGCGUCUGCUGAAGUCCCUGUAUCAGUUGCGCCUGUUGAGCCAGAUAGAUGGGCUCGGUCCGAAGGUGUGGAAGAUGGAUUACAUGUAUCCUGCAGCUGCCACGCUUGUCGGUGGUGCCCUUGACACCGACAGUGUGUUCGCCGCGCAAAUGUUAUGGGACAUCCAACAGGAGGUCGAUCCACAAGCUGCAGGCGUUGAAGAGAUCCUCGCAACAGUCGGCCAGGAUGUGCAUGGGCUCUACUUGCAAUACGACCAUGCAUGGUGUUCAGAAAAGCUCAAAAGCAGCCACCCUUCAAGACACAAAAGCAUGUACGAACAGUUCACUUACAUUGGCGAAACCAUAACCCAUAUCAGCAAGUUUCAAACAGAUAUGGAAUGGACCGAGCAUUUAUUCGGAAGACAAUGCUCCUUUCCAGGUUUCCAACUUCUCCGCCACGUCCCGCUACUUGUUGGGCAGCAAGUGUCUCAGUACCGCUACGAGUUUCAAGAGUCCUUCAUGGACAUUUUGAGCGACCAUGGACAUGUGCUUACCGCCAUGCAUUUUUACAAUGCAGCCAAAGAGUCAGGAUCCUUGGGGACGGUGCAGUGGGAAGACAUGGAGUUCAUUAUCAAUCACCAGUGCAACAACCGGGUUUUCGCAGGCGAACCCCCGAUGGAGAACCCAGAGUACUCGAGUCGGUUUUGUCUUGUCUAUGGUCUUGAUCAGACAAAGUUCAAGCCUGAAAGGAAGCUUGUGAGAGUUGGUCGAGUAAAAAACGACAUACGUAACAAAAAAUUCUCCCCGAGACGUCUCGAGUGUCUAUCAGAGUACAUCCGAGAGUAUUCAAAGUUCAAAAAAGGAGCGAAUACGUCGUACACUACUCUACAAAGCAGCGACAGGAUCAGUGCCAUGGACGCCUACGUCAACAACCAACUGGACCCGUGUUCGCCCUAUGGCGAGCCCAACACCAUCGGCUUUAUCAUUGCGGCUAAAGAAGCGUACGAGAUCGAUGAAGAGGCGCUCAACUUCAAUAUAUAUGAUUUCCACAUGAGGUGCUGCAUACUCCUCAGGAGCAUCCGGGACCUAUGUCUCAAGGAGGCACCGGAGGAUUACCCUGCCGUCAGAUUCGCCAGAGACGAUGGUAUGAACCCCACACUCGCAGAGCUUCUUCGAGACCUCAGCAGUGUCCCACGUCACCAUGAGCCAACGUGGCCCAAGGCCGUCGAGCUAUUGCGCGAUCUGAUCGAAAAAGAGGGUUCGCUUUGUGUGAGCUCAGCGGCAACGCGCAUGGCAAUGACGACGUUAGAGCGGACUGAGAUAGAGAACACAGGAUCCUCAGAUGGUUCGGGCUCCGAGACUGCAUUGGAUACCCCCCUCGAGGAUGAGAGCCCUUCAGCUGAUGCGACUCGGCAGGGUCCAGGGCAAGACGACGACGCACACAACCCCCGCGAAUCGGAGAGCCAACAAAGCGGUAACGGAUCUAAAGCCAAGGUUGGGAGCGAAGAGCCCGGUGCAAGCAUACCAGACGCUGUCGCCCUCACGCGUAUAGCGUAA